CCCAGGUUUAUAUGGACCCAGGUUUUUGGUUCUUACCAUUCUUUUCAACUGCUGUGUUUGGUUCCACGUACAUGGAUUUUGAACUUGCUAUUUUGCUGUGGGUACCAUCAUUUGAGUACGUUUGAGGUACUUAAAGAUAUUACUGUUAGACAUAAAUUACUAAAAGGUUAUGAAGUCAACUUUGUGCCUGGUUGGGAUUGUCAUGGCCUGCCAAUUGAAUUGAAAGUGCUAAAAGAAAGUGAUUCAGCAUCAUUAAUGAAUAAUGCAUUAACAAUUCGAAAAAAAGCAUUGACAUUUUCUCAGAAAACAAAGCAAAAUCAGUUAUCAUCUUUUAAAGAUUGGGGUAUUCUAGCUGACUGGAGCAAUAAUUAUUUCACAUGUAGUCCCAAUUACAUAGUUCAGCAGUUGAAUGUGUUUCAUGAUCUACAUGAUAAAGGAAUCAUCUUUCAAGAUUAUAAACCUGUAUAUUGGUCACCUUACAAUAGGACAUCAUUAGCUGAAGCAGAAUUAGAAUAUAAUCCAAAUCAUGUUAGUCCAUCUGUUUACAUGAAAUUUUCAGUCACCAAAUGUCCUGAUGUUUUAAAACAAAAAUUAGCUCUAAACUCUAGCUUAUUUGCAAUAAUUUGGACUACAACACCAUGGACUAUUCCAGCAAACCAACUAGUCUGCUAUUGUGCUGAUAAAAUAUACAGUCUGGUCAAAUGCACAAGACGAAAUGAAUUUUAUUUAAUGGCACAAGAAAUGAUACCUUCUGUAUCCAGCUCACUAAUGACUGAAUUACAGAUUAUAGAGACAUUUGAAGGAACUUUAUUGAAAGAUAUGAAGUACCUUCAUCCUAUGUCAAAAGAUCAGGAAUGUCCUUUUGUUCCUGCCCAUCAUGUUACAAUGACUAAGGGAACUGGCUUAGUGCAUUCAGCUCCUAAUCAUGGACUAGAUGAUUUUAUUGUAGCCAAGAAACAACACUUGCCUAUCAAUAGAUGUCUUGUAGAUGAAAAUGGUUGUUACACAGAUGGUGCUGGAGAAAUGUUGAAAGGAAAAGCUGUACUUUAUGAUGGGUCAAAAGCUGUGUUAGAUCUCUUGAAUGAAGACAUUCUUCAUUUAGAGCAGUACACUCAUAGUUAUCCAUAUGACUGGCGUAGUAAAACACCAGUAAUAAUUCGUAGUAGUCACCAGUGGUUUAUUGAUGUUCAUCAGAUUCGAGAUAAAGCAAUGGAACAUUUGCAGAAAGUAAAUGUUAUACCUGAUCAACUGAAAAAUCUGUUUCUUAGCCAACUGAGUAAUUCGCCACAGUGGUGUAUAUCUCGUCAAAGGGUUUGGGGUGUACCAAUUCCUGUAUUUUAUGCUGAAGACAAAAGUCAUCCUAUUAUUCACAGAGCUAUAACUGAUCAUCUGUGCUCUCUUAUUCAAAAGCAAGGGAUCCAUUGCUGGUGGGAGUUAGAUUUGGAUCAGUUAUUACCUCAUCAUUUAAGAAUAAAAUGUAAUUUACAAGACCAGAAAUACAGAAAAUGCUCAGAUAUAAUGGAUAUUUGGUUCGAUAGUGGAAUAAGUUGGAAAUCUGUUCUUCCAGAGCCACAGAUUUCUGAUGUUUGCAUUGAAGGUCUGGAUCAAAUUCGUGGGUGGUUUAAUUCUUCCCUUUUAACUAGUAUUGCAUUGAGAGAAAAAGCACCGUAUAAAACAAUUGUCCUUCAUGGCUUCACAACUGAUGCUGAUGGUCGUAAAAUGUCAAAAUCAGAAGGAAAUGUGAUAUCUCCUGCUGACAUAAUUUCUGGCUCUAAGGAUAGAAAAUUCCCUGCAUUUGGAGUUGAUGUUUUACGUUGGUGGAUUGCUUCUCAUGCUUGUCAGCAUGAUAAUAUUGCUGUAAAAAUUAAAAUAAUAGAAGAAUGUGCUGAGAAUUUGAAUAAAAUACGUAAUACUUUCAAAUUUCUCUUGGGAUGUCUUGAUCGCUUUGAUAAUAAACAGCAUAGUAUUCAUCCUAGAAAGAUGCGAUUUUUAGAUUUAUACAUGCUACACCAGUUGCAGAAUUUUUAUGAAAAGGUAAUGGAUGAAUACAAUACCAUACAGUAUAAAAGUGUAUCUAAAGAUAUUUUAAACUUUGUAACUAAUGAAGUGUCUUCAUUGUACUGUCAGAUAAUAAAAGACAGACUGUAUUGUGAAGCUGAAACUUCAACUGAUCGAUACUCUUGCCAAACUGUAUUAUACUUUUUAUUAAAUACAUUACUUCAAUGCAUAGGACCAAUAAAUCCUCAUUUAGCUCAAGAAGUAGUUUUUCAUCAUCCAGAUCCAAACUUUGUCAAGAAAAAUGCAUUUAGUUGCCAGUGGCCAGUACUGAAAGCUUUUUUAGGAAAUACCUCACUUCCAAGAUGUAUUACUACAGCAAAUCAAAUUAGAGAAACAGUUUUAAAAUCAGGAAUUAAGACUAUUAAUAAGAAAGCUGUCAUCAUAGGUGGUAAUAAAACUGUAGAUUGUAUAAAGGAUAUGAGCAAGAAUUUUGAAGAUAAUACAGAAUUAAUAGAAUUAUUUCAAGUUGCUGAAAUAUCAUUUGAUCAGUUACCUGAACAUUUACUUAAAGAAGCUGUUACUAUAAAUGGAAGAAUAGAAGAAGCAGAUUUAGUGGAAUCAGAACCAUUUUCCGUAAUAUUAAUAGACAGCAAGUUGGAAAAGUGUUCUAGGUGUCGUCGAUAUUCAUCCAAAGAUCCAUCUUUACUUUGUAACCGAUGUGAAAAUGUAGUUAAUGAAAAUGUAUCUGUUUCAUAAAACAUAUAAUUUAUUACUAUAAAGCAGAGUUUGCAUUUAUAAUUUGCACUUUUAUACAAUGAUCGUAAAUACUAUUCAGAUAUGUUUUUAAGAAUCAAUACCAGCUAUUCCAAAAUAAGUGUUAGGUAGAAGAAAAAGUCUCUGGACUGUUGAUGCCAUACAUUUACAGCAAGAACACACAGUGUAUAAGUUGACCAUAGAUAUGCCACACAUGUGCCCUAAUUUAUAAUGUCUACAUCACUUUCCUUGUUUACAGGAAUCUUUUGAAGAAUUAUAUGGAACGCCUCUUGUUACAUUUACCAUGGUAGAGAAAUAUUCGCUUCAGAAUUUGCAUCAAAUUUUGCAAAGUACUUGGGCAGAAAGUGUAUGUCAAAGAAUGUAUGAGCCACACAUCAUUUUAUAAGAGAUUCGGUUAUUUCAAAAAUUGUUGAGAAAAAGAGAAAGUUUUUAAAUCAUCCUUUAUGAGUUAUCUGAAGAAUUCAACAUUACUUAAAGUUUCAGUCCAUUCUUAUUAAAGAUUGGGUUGAAAGUCAUGUCUACAAAGGUUGCGCCAAAAGUGCUUUUGGACAACCAAAAAUAAAACUUGGGUUUUUUGCUGGGCAAGAUUACUGAUUUGUGAGUAUGUGGCCCUGAAACCAAAGCUCAGACUUCACAAUGGAAGAUCCCGAUCUCUCUAACACUCAAGAAAGUAUAAAUGCUUCAAAAGCAAUUUAAAGCUAUUUAACUAUCUCCCCCCCCCAUGUCAAGGGAAUGAAUAUUCUUUACUUGGCCAAACAGUAACCAAUAAGUGCUAAUGUAAGUUGCUGUGGUGCUUUAGGGAUGCUUUCCACUGGAAAGUUUAGAACUGUCUGCAAUUUUUUCCUUUUUCUCAAAAUCAAGUUUCACCUUAGAUGUUGGAUCAAAUCCAAGAGAAUGAGAUGACGCAGUCACUUGCAACCUCAGAAAAAGAGUUCCAGCAAUGAAAACAAAAUUGGUGGUCUCAGGUAAUUAUUUUGAGGUUUGAAAUAUAAGCCCUCUAAUUUAAAGGAGAUUAAAUGCGUGAUCUGAAAGUGAUGUAGUUUUUCUUAAUAGCUUCAGUCCCAAUACGUUUUUAUAAUAUCUGAUAAUGUCUAUAGUUGGUUGAAAUGGUAUUUGAAAACUAUGAAGUUAUACUUAUUUACUAAUUAAAAAAAUAUAUGAAGUUGAGUAGUAAAUCGCAAACUUUGGAUCUCAAAACUAUUGAAGCAUUUAAACCUCUGUGUCAUCCUCGUACAAUAAAUUACUAUGGCAGCAUUUAUCGAUUCAAGAUGUGUAAAUGAACUAAUUUCAAAACUUUUUUGGAAAAGCCGAACAUCUGUAAGAAGCAUGAAACAAUGCAAAUAUAGUACUAAAAAAAAUGCAUUUUAGAUAAAGUCAGUUUUUGAAACACACUUUUAGAACAACAGCAUAACUUCUGAUGGAGCUAAAAUACUGACAAUUUUACUACGUGAAAUUUUGAAUUAUAUAAGCAAAUAAACACUAUCUGUAAACUCUACUAAA